ACCGACGAGCCUACACUAUUAUUGCAUGACUUAUUCUACUUUGGUGGAUGCUUCAAUGCACAUAUGUAUGUAUGUUAAAGAAACAGUUGAAUAUCAGGUAGGAUAUUAAUCUUCUUUAACAUUUCAGUUGAUUUUUCUCAAAGAUCAUAUCUUUUACAUCUUUGUCUAGCUGAGUAUCUUCUGCGGACAUCCAAGUCUCGGGAACCUAUUGUGUUGCAUGCAUCUUAUUUUCCCGAGACCAUACUGUGUAUGUUUGGUUUGGUUUUAAGCUUGGAAUUUUGGAAGGAAAUCAAAGUUUCAUUUUUCAGCUUGUAAUGUUUUUCUUCCGGGUGUGAGAAAAUUGUUGUGGAGAAUUCUGGUGAUCUGAUUGAAAAAAGAAGAAGAACAAAUUAGCAGAGAGAUGGGUAUUGUGACCAGUGUUAUGGGAAUUUUUGGGUUUGGACUGGGAAUCACAAUUGGCCUUGUUAUCGGCUAUUAUCUCUUCAUCUAUUUCCAGCCUACUAAUGUUGAGAAUCCUACUGUUCCUAGUUUGGAUGAGAAAGACUCUAAAGCUUUAAAGAUGUUGAUCCAAGAGCUACCAGUUUGGAUCAAAUAUCCAGACCAUGACCGCGUUGAUUGGCUAAAUAAGUUCAUCGAGACCAUGUGGCCUUAUUUGGACAAGGCAAUUUGCAAGACUGUUAAGACUAUUGUACAGCCCAUUAUUGCCGAACAAAUUCCGAAGUAUAAAAUUGAUUCAGUUCAGUUUGAAGUUCUAUCUUUAGGAAGCCUACCUCCUGUUCUAACAGGAAUGAAAGUUUAUACCACUGCGGAAAAGGAAUUGAUAAUGGAACCAUCUCUGAAGUGGGCAGGGAACCCAAAUGUCCUCGUAGCAAUAAAGGCGUUUGGGCUAAGAGCCACUGUUCAGGCGGUUGACUUGCAAGUAUUUGCUUGUCCACGUGUUACCUUGAAGCCAUUAGUUCCAAACUUUCCUUGUUUUGCAAAAAUCUUAGUCUCACUCAUGGAGAAGCCUCAUGUUGACUUUGGACUAAAAUUGCUUGGAGCAGAUGUAAUGUCCAUUCCAGGCUUGUAUCGAUUUGUCCAGGAUCUUAUCAAGGACCAGGUUGCAAAUAUGUAUUUAUGGCCAAAAGCACUUGAAGUGCAAAUAAUGGAUCCUGCAAAGGCCGCCAAGAGACCUGUAGGCAUUCUCCAAGUGAAGGUUGUGAGGGCACUAAAGCUUAAAAAGAAAGAUUUUUUGGGUGCUUCAGAUCCUUAUGUGAAAUUAAAGCUUAGCGAAGACAAACUUCCAUCGAAGAAAACAACAGUAAAACACAAAAACUUGAACCCUGAAUGGAAUGAAGAAUUCCAUGUAGUUGUCAAGGAUCCUGAGUCUCAGGUUCUGGAGAUUGUUGUGUAUGACUGGGAGCAGGUUGGCACACAUGACAAAAUGGGUAUGAAUGUUGUCCCGAUAAAGGAUCUUUUGCCUGAUGAAUCCAAAGUUCUAACUCUUGAUUUGCGGAAAAACAUGGACCCUGGGGAUGUUCAAAAUGAAAAACUACGUGGUCAGCUUGUUGUUGAAGCAAUUUACAAACCUUUCAAGGGUAGUGAGAUUCCACUUGAUACUGAGAAUUCUGACGAGGUGCAAAAGGCUCCUGAUGGAACACCUGCUGGUGGUGGUUUGCUUGUAAUUAUUAUUCACGAGGGUCAAAGUAUUGAAGGGAAAAACCACACGAAUCCAUCAGCUCGUCUAUUAUUCAGAGGAGAAGUUAAAAAAACCAAGACAGUGAAGAAGAACCGGGAUCCAAGAUGGGACGAGGAGUUCCAAUUCAUGCUGGAGGAGCCACCUACUAACGACAGGAUUCAUGUUGAAGUUGUUAGUACUUCAAGCAGGAUGAGUCUAUAUCCUAAGGAAACACUGGGUUACGUAGACAUAUACCUGUCAGACGUGAUAAAGAACAAGAGGAUAAACGAGAGGUACCACCUCAUUGAUUCAAAAAAUGGUAUGAUUCAGAUCGAGAUGCAAUGGAGGACUUCAUCCUGAGCUAAAUGCGGAAUUUGUACAGUAGAGCCUGCAUUUUUCAACAAUUGAAAUGUCUUUCAACUGAGCAGCAUUGAUCAAUGUAAAAUGGUUUUGCAUAAAUUUCAAUUCAAACUGUAUAUUUUCUUAAGCUAAAUAGCAGACAUUAUUUACA